AAAAUGUUUAGGAAUAAGUUACUUUGUUUAAUUUUGAUAUACAUUUCCUUAAACAGUGGUUUAAACGCAGAACCAGGGGGUUAUACUGCAGCAGUUGUGGACUAUUAUGCCAGCUCAGACUCAAGUCAAAACUUUGAACAUUACUCAAACAUCAUAGAAAACAUAAAACAAGGUGUCGACUUCAUCGUUUUUCCUGAGUCAACGUUGACUACAUCUGGGCCAAUAGAAGUUUUCACUCCAAACACAACAAUAUGUGAUAAAACAAAGAAGAAUUUGGACGGCAUAGCUUGUUUGGCAAAGGAAAAACAAUUGUACAUCAUCAUAAACAUCAGCGAAAGAGUUAAUUGCACCAAAGACGACGACAAUUGUCCUUCAAGGGGCUACUUCAUUUACAACACCAACUUGGUUUAUGGAAAAGACGGGUCUUUAGUAACUAAGUACAGAAAAUGGAACCUUUUCGGUGAAACCAACAAGAACACCCCUAGUUCUCCGGACAUAACCACCUUCGAAACUGACAAAGGAACCUUCGGAACCUUCACUUGUUUCGACAUACUUUUCGCCACACCCCCAUUAAAUUUGACCAGAAAGGGUGUCAAGGAUAUAAUUUACACCAACAAGUGGUUUUCGGAACUUCCCUUCUUGACUGCCCUGCAAACUCAACAAAUGUGGGCAUUAGAGACCAACGUCAGUUUUUUGUCUAGCGGCGCCAAUUAUAUGGGCUCAGGUUCAGGUGGCACCUCAAUUAUUUUGAACAACAGAGUGGUAAAUUCAAUGUCGAUGGCACCGGAUUUAAGCUCUACGAAUUACGCCAAAGUGUUGUACAGUGAUGAGGUUGAUCAAGAGGAAGACACAGAUGUGAUUGCGAAGUCACUAGAUAAGAUGCAAUUGAGGCGUGAUGAUUUCAAAGGAUAUAACUCAAUUCUGUUGCCUCGUGAAGCAGGAGUGGUCAAAACACAGAUUUGUCACGAAUCAUUUUGUUGCAACGCUGAAGUAAACCAAACAAUAUCUGGAGAUGAAGACAACAGCUACAUUUACAGAUUGGUUGUCUUCUCUGGAGUCAGAAACUAUCCGGGCAUCUCCAAUGGAGGCCUUGAUGUCUGUGGACUAGUUGCUUGUACUGAUGACAAGGAUAUUAAGUCAUGUUCUGACAGGUUUUCCAACUACAAAUCAGUUAACUGGCCCAUAACAUUCAACACAAUUAAAAUCACAGCUGAAUUCCCAAAUGUGGAUACCAGAAUUCAAUUCCCAAACACCCUAUUGAGUUCUUUGAGACCAAUUAGGCUAGAUGCAAUCAAAUGGGAGAAAACUAUUAAUGGGACCAAUGUUUUAAGGGAGUUAACACUUAUAAAGCCACAAAAUAGGUUGAUGACCUUCGCUAUAUUUGGAAGAAAUUUUGAAAGAGAUAGUCCAUCUUUCUCAAGGAAUGGGUUUUAUGUGUAGAUAAAUUAAUUGAUCAGUUUUAUCAGCAUGUUGCUGAUUUGGUAAAUUAGACCGAUAAAGUAGUUUAGGAUUGUAAUCUUGUUAUCAAUUUAUUAUAAUAAAUGUAGUGCAAACAUG